CUUGGACAGGGGGACUUUUAAAAUUCUAUACUGACCCACUAGGACUGACAUGAGAACUACUUGCUUAGUAACUGUCAGAGGAGGCUCCAGCUGAUCAGGGCCUAAAGUUCAUAUUCUUUUUCAUCUCCCCGUUGUCGCUGAAGCCUACCCCAUAAACUCCUACCGUCCCUUUGCCCACAGCAGCGAAUUUCCGGGAAAACAGGAAAGGUAUGCAAGCAUGCCCACACACGUGCACACACGGGUUCCCAAAAGACCUGCGUGCGGCCGCAGGGGCCCGCCCCGCCCUUCUCGGGCCCUUCCGGGUCCUGGCACCCAGCGAUCCCACCAGCACCUGGGUCCGGCGCGCGGCUCCCGCCCUCUCCGCGCCCCUCGGGGCUCCCUGCCCCGCCCACGUGCCCCACCCUUCCUCGCUCCGCCCCCUCGCUGCUCCCUGCCCCGCCCACGGGCCCCAUCCUACCCCCACCUCGAUCCGCCCCUCGCUGCUCCCUGCCCCGCCCACCGCUCCCCGUCCCUGUCCGCCCCGUCUGGCUCUCAGCCCAGCCAAGCCUGGUGCGCGCCCCGCCCUGCCUCCUCCUCUCGCGAGGCAGUCCCGACGCCGGAAGUGCCUGGAGCGCGCGACAGCGGCGGGGCAGGGCGGCCUGGAGGCUGUGGUGCGCGGGCGGCAGAGGGAGGGGAGAGGCCGCUGGGGCCGUGUUAGUCGGCCGGUGGGGACUUGCAGGGACGUCCCCAUGUUGCGUUUUCCAACCUGUUUCCCGUCCUUCCGGGUGGUGGGAGAGAAGCAGCUCCCGCAGGAGAUUAUUUUCCUGGUCUGGUCGCCCAAGCGGGAUCUCAUUGCUUUGGCCAACACAGCGGGCGAGGUUUUACUUCAUCGACUGGCAAGUUUUCAUCGAGUUUGGAGUUUUCCACCAAAUGAAAAUACAGGAAAGGAGGUGACGUGUUUGGCAUGGAGACCAGAUGGCAAACUUUUGGCCUUUGCUCUUGCUGAUACCAAGAAAAUUGUUUUGUGUGAUGUAGAAAAACCUGAGAGCUUACACUCUUUUUCUGUGGAGGCUCCAGUUUCCUGUAUGCAUUGGAUGGAAGUGACAGUAGAAAGCAGUGUUCUCACAUCAUUUUAUAAUGCUGAGGAUGAAUCAAAUCUUCUCUUACCUAAACUACCUACACUGCCAAAAAACUAUAGCAGCACCUCAAAAAUAUUUAGUGAAGAGAAUUCUGAUGAAAUUAUUAAGCUCUUGGGAGACGUCAGGCUUAAUAUUCUUGUCCUUGGAGGAAGCUCUGGAUUUAUUGAGCUUUAUGCUUAUGGAAUGUUUAAAAUUGCUCGAGUCACAGGGAUUGCUGGUACUUGUCUUGCAUUAUGUUUAUCAAGUGAUUUGAAAUCAUUAUCAGUGGUCACAGAAGUCUCUACCAAUGGUGCUUCAGAAGUUUCAUACUUUCAGCUUGAAACCAAUCUGUUGUAUUCUUUCUUACCUGAAGUAACUCGGAUGGCCAGAAAGUUUACUCAUAUUUCAGCUCUGUUACAGUAUAUAAAUUUGUCACUAACAUGUAUGUGUGAAGCAUGGGAAGAAAUACUAAUGCAGAUGGAUUCUCGUCUCACCAAGUUUGUGCAGGAAAAGAACACAACCACAUCAGUGCAAGAUGAGUUCAUGCACUUGCUAUUAUGGGGGAAAGCAAGUGCUGAACUUCAGACUCUCUUGAUGAAUCAGUUAACAGUAAAGGGCUUGAAAAAGCUUGGCCAGUCUAUAGAGUCAUCAUACUCCAGUAUACAAAAAUUGGUCAUAAGUCACUUACAGAGUGGCUCGGAGUCUUUAUUAUACCAUUUGAGUGAAUUGAAAGGAUUGGCUUCAUGGAAGCAAAAAUAUGAACCUCUUGGACUAGAUGCUGCAGGAAUCGAAGAAGCUAUAACUGCUGUGGGUUCUUUUAUACUCAAGGCAAAUGAACUUCUUCAAGUUAUAGAUAGUAGUAUGAAAAACUUCAAAGCAUUUUUUCGGUGGCUCUAUGUGGCAAUGUUGAGAAUGACAGAAGACCACGUGCUUCCCGAGCUGAAUAAGGUAAUGACUCAGAAAGAUAUCACAUUUGUUGCUGAAUUUCUUACUGAACAUUUCAAUGAGGCUCCAGACCUUUAUAAUCGAAAAGGAAAAUACUUUAAUGUUGAAAGAGUUGGUCAGUACUUGAAAGAUGAAGAUGAUGAUCUUGUGUCACCCCCUAACACAGAAGGAAACCAGUGGUAUGACUUUCUUCAAAAUAGCAGCCACCUUAAAGAAAGUCCUUUGCUGUUUCCUUAUUAUCCUCGAAAAUCAUUGCAUUUUGUGAAAAGGCGGAUGGAGAAUAUUAUUGAUCAGUGUUUGCAAAAGCCAGCAGAUGUAAUUGGAAAAUCGAUGAAUCAAGCAAUCUGUAUUCCAUUGUAUAGAGAUACCAGAAGCGAGGAUUCUAUACGUAGAUUGUUCAAAUUUCCUUUUCUGUGGAAUAAUAAAACUUCAAAUCUACAUUAUCUUCUUUUUACUAUUCUAGAAGAUUCACUUUAUAAAAUGUGCAUCUUAAGGAGACAUACUGAUAUUUCUCAAUCUGUGAGUAAUGGACUAAUUGCUAUUAAAUUUGGGAGCUUUACAUAUGCCACAACGGAAAAAGUCAGAAGAAGCAUCUACAGUUGUUUAGAUGCACAGUUUUAUGAUGAUGAAACUGUAACAGUAGUUCUUAAAGACACUGUAGGACGUGAAGGAAGAGAUAGACUCUUGGUCCAGCUGCCUUUGUCUUUAGUAUAUAACAGUGAAGAUUCUGCAGAAUAUCAGUUCACUGGGACUUAUUCUACAAGGCUAGAUGAACAGUGUAGUGCUAUUCCCACCCGUACCAUGCAUUUCGAGAAGCACUGGAGAUUACUGGAAAGUAUGAAAGCACAGUAUGUUGCUGGGAAUGGUUUUCGAAAAGUGUCCUGUGUGUUAAGCUCAAAUCUUCGUCAUGUGAGAGUAUUUGAAAUGGACAUAGAUGAUGAAUGGGAGCUCGAUGAGUCUUCAGAUGAAGAGGAGGAGGCCAGUAAUAAGCCUGUAAAAAUAAAGGAAGAAGUGUUGUCGGAGUCAGAGGCAGAGAACCAACAAGCUGGUGCUGCUGCUUUAGCUCCAGAGAUAGUCAUUAAAGUGGAAAAACUUGACCCUGAGCUAGACUCGUAAUCUAGCUUGCCAUUAUUGUGUGUGUAAUUAUGGCCAAAAGGACAUAGGAGAUGGACUAAGAUGUCUUGGACCACCUUUAAUUUUCUUUGUGUAACAAAGAAAUAAACAGUAAAUUUUAUUUUUUCA